AUGGAUGAAGCGUCUAAGCACGAGCGCGGCGUCGAUCUGGGAUGGUUCUUCUUCCGCCUGCGCUACGAGGACAGAUCCAAACGCAGGAACUUCCAGAACCUGCGCUUGCUGCUUGUGUGGGGGAACUGCGUCACGGGCAAGGAGAAGUGCACGGUCGCGGAUAUCUUUGAGGAAUUGCCAGGAUUGGAGUGUUUCGAGGCGAUGAUGGAUGAUGUGAGGUGCACGCGUGAUGCGAGGGACGGGACAACUCGGGUAGUUCGGUGGAGGUGCCAGAAGAACGAGGCGUGGCGUCGUGAUUGGGCGAAGGGUGUAUCGACAGUAGACCCUGAUUCGCCUCUUAUCCUGUUCAGCGACCUUUGGUGCCAGUGA